AUGGCCACUCCGCCGGAUCCGCGAGACGAGCUGCUGCCGCUGGCCGGCCCCGGGUCCCAGUGGUUCGGGGACCGGGGGGAGGGGGAGGACGAGGCGGUGACGCUGAAAGGGGGCAAGCCGACGCCGCCGGCGGGGGAGCCCGGCCGGGGCUCGGACGCCGGGGCCGGGGAAGAGGGGACGCUGGAACCGGGCGCGGGCUCCGCCCGGCCGCCGCCCGUUGCCAUGGAAACUGCAUCCACAGGUGUGCCAGAUGCCCCCAGGUUCAUGGAUCAUACCUUUUCAACAACAUUAAGAGAUGGAGAAGGAACCUGUUACACGUCUCUUAUUUCCGACAUCCGUUACCCACCUCAGGUGGAUUCUACGUAUUUCACUGGAAUUCUGCAGAAGGAAAAUGGCCAUGUCACCAGUUCAGAGAGCCCUGAAGAGUUGUGUACUGCUGGACCCUCCUUGCCAGAUGUGCCUAGCACAGAGCCUCUUGGCUUAUUUAGUUCUGAUUCCGGAAUAGAGAUGACUCCUGCAGAGUCUAUGGAAGUGAACAAGAUCUUAGCAGACCCUCUGGACCAGAUGAAAGCAGAAGCCUAUAAAUACAUUGACAUAACCAGGCCAGAAGAAGUCAAGCAACAGGAGCAAUGUCACUCCAAGUUGGAGGAUAAAGACUUAGACUUCAAGAAUAAAGACACGGGGAGCUCAACAAAAUUAGAAGGGGUCCGUGAACCCGAGAAACCAGUUCCUGUGGAAGGAAAGAUCAUCAAGGACCAUUUAUUUGAAGAGUCAACAUAUGCACCUUAUGUGGAUGAUCUCCGUGAAGAACAGCACAGUGCUGCUCCUGUGAUCACAGCCCCCGUCAAAAUCACGCUGACUGAGAUCGAGCCUUCAGUUGAGGCUGCUACCCAGGAGAAGACCCCUGAGAAGCAAGACAUCUGCCUGAAACCAAGUCCCGACACAGUCCCCACUGUCACUGUCUCAGAGCCUGAGGAUGACAGUCCAGGAUCUGUCACUCCUCCAUCUUCUGGAACAGAACCAUCUGCUGCAGAAUCGCAGGGGAAAUGCAGCAUCUCUGAGGAUGAGCUGAUCACUGCCAUUAAAGAAGCAAAGGGGUUAUCAUAUGAAACCACAGAGAGCCCACGGCCGGUGGGCCAGGUGGCCGACAGGCCUGAGGCCAAGGCUAAGUCCGGGCUGCCGGCUAUCCCCAGCCCCCUGGACCAUGAGGCCAGCAGCGCGGAGUCGGGAGACUCGGAGAUAGAGCUGGUGUCCGAGGACCCGCUGGCUGCUGAGGACGCACUGGCCUCGGGCUACGUGACCUUUGGCCACUUGAGUGGCCCGCCGCCCUCGCCGGCCUCCCCGUCCAUCCAGUACAGCAUCCUCAGGGAGGAACGCGAGGCUGAGCUGGACAGCGAGCUCAUCAUCGAGUCGUGCGAUGCCUCCUCAGCCUCAGAGGAGAGCCCCAAGCGGGAGCAGGACUCGCCCCCGGUGAAGCCGGGCGCCCUGGACGCCAUCCGGGAGGAGACGGGCGCCCGGGCCGAGGAGGGCGCGCCGAGCCGGCGGGGCCAGGCCGAGCCCGACCCCGGCCCCUUCAAGUUCCCCUCGGCUGCCCCCGAGACCCGCCCCGAGCUGCCCUCCGGAGACCAAGCCGCGGCGCCCGAGGGGCCCACGUCGCCGCGGAGACCUGCGGAAGAUGCGAGUUCAAGCCCAAGUCCCGUGGCCGCAAAGGGCCCAGGGCCGCGAGGGGCCGACGCAGCGCCCUCUCUGCUGUUUCUAAAUAAGCAAAAAGCUAUUGACCUGCUCUACUGGCGGGACAUCAAGCAGACAGGAAUAGUGUUUGGGAGCUUCCUGCUGCUGCUCUUCUCCCUGACCCAGUUCAGCGUUGUGAGUGUCGUGGCCUAUCUGGCCCUUGCUGCGCUCUCAGCCACCAUCAGUUUCCGCAUCUACAAGUCUGUUUUACAAGCUGUGCAGAAGACCGACGAGGGCCACCCUUUCAAGGCCUACUUGGAGCUCGAGAUCACCCUUUCUCAGGAGCAGAUUCAGAAGUACACCGACUGCCUGCAGUUCUACGUGAACAACACGCUUAAAGAGCUGAGGAGGCUCUUUCUCGUCCAGGACCUGGUGGAUUCCUUAAAAUUUGCAGUGCUGAUGUGGCUCCUGACUUAUGUUGGCGCUCUCUUCAACGGCCUGACCCUGCUGCUCAUGGCUGUGGUUUCAAUGUUUACUCUACCUGUAGUGUAUGUUAAACACCAGGCACAGAUUGACCAAUAUCUGGGACUUGUGAGGACUCACAUAAAUUCGAUUGUGGCAAAGUAAGUUACAUAGUGUAAUUCAUAAACAGGAGAGAUUAUUUUGGGCAGGCGUUUGAGUGGAUUAGGUAGGGGUAAUAAAAAGGUAGCAAAAUAAUAGGUUGACUUAUGAUUUUCACUCACUUAUUUAAGUAAUAUAUUCAUUCCCUUCCCAAUUAGAUUAUUUCAGAAAACAAGUGUAAAUUUUAAAACUCUCAAUUAAACCAAACCUUCGGUGGGUUAUUUCAGGUAUCAUAAUGAAUGGGUAUGAUAAAGAUAUUAAGGACUCUCUGGGGACUGGGCCAUGUCCAUGAAUGAGAUUGGCUGUUGGAAAGAACGAUACCUGAUUUGGAAAAAUAAAAUUAAUUUAUAACAAUUUAAUUGAAAUAAAAACAAGUUAAAAACAUUACUAAUUUUUAAGUAAUAUUACUAAUUUUUUUAAACCAUUAAAAUUAUUUUCUAAAAACUUUAAAUGUUUUAAGAUCUGUAAAAUUUCUAUUACCUAAGUGUUUUAAAUUAUGUCAUUUCACCUCGACAAGUAUGUAUGUGUGUUUGUUUAAUUAAGUCAGAAUCGACUCAAAAGCAGCUAACAACAACAAUAACUUUAUGGGAUACCUUACGUAUUAAAAGAUUAAGAUUCUAGUUACAAGUAUCCACGGCUGACAUGGUCAUUAAACUUUGCAGU